AUGUAUCAUGUUCUCCUAUCUGAAAAAGAGACGAGGAAAGGAUUAGCUGACAGUCUCCAAGGAACAACAGGAGAGUUGUCGGAGACAAAGUCCGAUGAUUCUAAUUUAAUCUCAGAAAAGGAGGAGGAGGAGGAGGAGACAGUGGAAGGACUUGAUGAAACUCCUGAGGAAUUUGCCCGGAUCCUCUUUGUUGCAAAUCUCUCUCCCCAAACUGAAACUUCAGAUAUCAUUGAUUUCUUCAAAGAUGUCGGACAAGUCGUGCGUGUUCGCCUUGUGCCAAACUGGCGGGGCAAGCAUGUGGGUUAUGGUUUUGUUGAAUUUGCUUCUUCUAACCAAGCAAAGAUGGCGCUGGAAAAGAAGAACCGUCAAUAUUUGAAUUAUAGCAAGAUUAUUCUAGAUGAAGCUCCCGAUUUUGUUGAGGAAGCUGCCGUACCAAUAAAGACUCUGUUUAUUGCCGGUUUCUCUCGCCAUUCAACUGAAAUAUCAGAUAUCAUCGACUUCUUCAAAGAUGUUGGACAAGUUGUUCGUGUUCGACUUGAUAUCAACCACAGAGGCAAGCUUGUUGGCUGUGGCUAUGUUGAGUUUGCUUCUGCCAACCAGGCAAAUAAGGCCCUGCAAAAUAACAAGGGUGAAUAUUUGCACGAUCGCAAGAUUUUUCUUGCUGAUUGCAGUGGAGCUAGUUUCCUUCCACCCAAGUUUUGUGUAGACCACAAGGUUUGGUACGAAGAAGAAGAUUACCUUCAAGAAGAAAGCCUUCCGUUAGACUCUAUCCAAGAUGUGGCGGCAAUGGAAGAAGAGCCUGACGAAACUCCCCAUUCUGCUAAUAAGGAAGUACUCCUUAUUGCCAAUCUUUCUCCCCAAACAACUAAAACAGAACAGAUCAUCCGUUUCUUCGAAGAUGUUGGAAGUGUUGUUUCUGUUCGCCUUAUUGUAGACCACGAGUGUAAGUAUGUGGGCUAUGGCUUUGUUGAAUUUGAUUCUUCUUACGAAGCAGAGAAGGCUCUGAAAGAGAUGAAUGGUGAAUAUUUGCAUAAUCACAAGAUUCUGUUGAUGAGAGGACUUGAUGAAACUCCCCAUUCUCUUGAGGAAGCUGCCACUGUAAGAAAUAAGACGCUCUUAGUUGCCAAUCUCUCUAGUCAAACCAAAAUAUCAGAUAUCAGCACCAAUUUCAGUCUGUCGGUUCUCGGCAACUACGGGCAUUUGGUGGCCCUCGUGUCUUUGGCCGCCUCACUCAAUGCUCGGUCUUCGCUCACAUCCCAGCAUCACAGAGGUCGGGCUCGGGGUAGGGAGUACAGGGUUUGCGGCACUGGUUUACUCGGAACGGCAUCUUGUGCAGGCGGGUGCUUUGAAGCCCUCGGCGAGCUGUUUUUGGUUGGGCCAUUACGUUUAAGAGCGGAUCACCGGGGAGGCCAAAAUUACCGGGAUCUCGACUCUCGGUUGAACUUGGCUCAUCCUUUUGCGGCAAGCUGUUGGUGCGGACUAGGUCGAGUCUCGGAGUUUCAGUUGUGGUACCAAGACUACCUUCAACGAGAAAGCCUUGAGAUAAAAGAAGAUGUGGCGGCAGUGGAAAAAGGACUUGAUGAAACCUUCGCCGAAAAAGCCUUUGUGGUCAGAAGCCCAAACCCAUUCUGA